UUGCGCCUGGCCACACUGUUUGCACUAACAAAACAAAAAACUUAACAAAAGUCAUUUACUAAUAUUACUGCCGUCGAUUUAGUUAGCGCGAACCGACACCGAGCUCAGGCAAACAGCGCUACCGUUCGAUUCAAGGGAAAGAACAACUUGUAAUACUUGGAAAAGAUGCAGAUCAAAGAAUUCCGUGUGACCUUGCCAUUAACUGUGGAAGAGUAUCAAGUAGCACAAUUAUUCUCGGUGGCCGAGGCAUCAAAAGAGAAUACGGGCGGCGGUGAGGGCAUCGAGGUGUUAAAGAACGAACCUUUCAACGAUGUUCCCCUGCUGGGCGGAAAAUACAAUUCCGGACAAUACACAUAUAAGAUCUACCAUCUGCAAUCAAAAGUUCCAGCUUAUAUAAGACUCUUGGCGCCCAAGGGCUCGCUGGAGAUCCACGAGGAGGCAUGGAAUGCAUAUCCCUAUUGUCGAACGAUUAUUACGAAUCCCGGUUAUAUGAAUAAAAACUUUAGAGUAGAUGUCUAUUCGCAACACAUUGAUAAUGACACUGGCGAAGUCGAGAACGUGCACGAGCUGACGCCGGAUAAGCUGAAAAUACGCGAGGUGGUGUACAUUGACAUUGCUAAUGAUCCGGUCCUGCCAGCGGACUACAAGCCCGAUGAGGAUCCAACCACCUACCAGUCAAAGAAGACGGGCCGCGGUCCCCUGGUGGGAGCCGAUUGGAAAAAGCACGUGAAACCCGUAAUGACCUGCUACAAGCUGGUGACGUGCGAGUUCAAAUGGUUCGGCCUGCAAACUAGAGUAGAAAAUUUCAUACAAAAGUCGGAGCGACGCCUCUUCACAAACUUCCAUCGCCAAGUUUUCUGUUCAACUGAUCGCUGGUACGGUCUGACAAUGGACGACAUCCGCGCCAUCGAGGAACAGACCAAAGAGGACCUGGACAAGGCGCGGCAGGUGGGCGAGGUGCGGGGCAUGCGCGCGGACGCCGACUAAGUCUAGUUACAAAAUUCUAAACCAACAAUAUAUGUGUAUGUAAAGAUCAGGCGAAACAAAACUGAAACUAGAUGCGAUGGGAAGGAAAGCGAGCGAUAAUGAAAUUGAGAUAAAAUUGCAUAAAUAAAUUUACAAUACCAAACAAA